AUGGCCUCUCCUCGCAAUGUUAUCAUUUUUGGCGCGACUGGACGCAUUGGCUCGGUCGCCGCCCUCAAGGCAUAUCAAGAGGGCGCAAAAGUUACACUCGCCAUGCGUGAUCCUUUAAAGCCUAUCCCGAGUCUCGGCGACAUCGUGACCGAGAAAGUCCGAGCAGACCUCACCAAGCCUGAAACCGUUCAGACCGCAGUUCGCCAAAGUGGUGCCACGACUGCCUUAAUCUAUGCAAUUCAUGAAAUGCCCGACGGCAUGCGGCGCACCCUUGUGGCGCUCAAAGAAGGAGGAAUCGAGUCCGUCAUUCUACUGAGCAGCUUCACCGUCCAGGGUGAUAUACAUGCUAUACCACCUACUGAUAUAGUUCCAUAUAUCCAUGCCAAGGUUGAGAUAGCUCUUGAUGAUGUCUUUGGUGGCCGGUGGAGCGCCGUGCGACCAGCUUAUUUCGCGAGCAAUGCGCUACAGUACAAGGACGAGAUUAUGCAGGGCGAUGUCAGGCUGCCAAACGCUGACGUCGAGUUCGACUGGAUCUCACCCGAAGACAUUGGCCGGGUUGUUGGAGUGCUUUUAGCACACGGUGCACAGGAGCGCGUUGUUCCUUUGGUCGGGCCAAAUCGAUUGUCCUUGAAGGAUGCUUUGAGUGUUAUUGGCCGUGUCCUAGGCAAAGAAAUCAGGAUCACUCUUGUGGGAAAGGAACAGGCAGUGGAGGAUAUGCAGCAAAAGGGGCUUCCAGAGCCGGCUGCCAAGUGGUUUGUUGAAGCUGUUACUGGACAGAGAAGCUUCAUUUGGGACGUGCCGGAUUGCCAGGUUGGAAUGGACAAUGUGCAGAAGUAUACCCACAAGACUCCAGUGAUGUUUGAGCAGUGGCUGGAGGAGAAUAAGGAGAAGUUUGCCGCUUAG